AAGGAGUUCAGUUUUUGCAGAACUAUUUUAACUGAUGAUGGCCAAGUUAACACUUAUUGCUACGCUGCUUGUUGGCGUCUUUCUAGUCGGCGCCUAUGCAGGCAACGAUUAUUUGUGGGGUGAAGUGGGUGCCAACGACUACAAGCUGGCCAAGGAUUCAGUGCACAAGGCGUUCUUUGUGGGCAUGGUGCUAAAUAAGAAAUAUGUCUUUAAGCAAAAAAACAAUUUGGACGCUUUAACCAUAACGGCUAUAAAGAUAACCGAUAAGAAGAAGUCGGAUGGUGCCACCGCGGUGCUGACGCAUGGUGGACCCGGCUCCAAGGGCGCUACCAUUAUGUUUACCUCACAGCGUGGUCAUGGCAUCAGCGAUGUGGUCGAGAUCUGGGGACGCUAAGCGUGCGUUAGAGUCCAAAAUAAAGUUGUCGCACUCAAAAUAGAAAUAAUCUU